UCAAAUAAUUCUGGUCAACUUUGAAACAUAGUGCCUCCCUGAAACAUUUCAUAAGCUCUUAAUCUAUAGUCCUCUGCUUCCUUCUGCCAAGUAACCAAGCAGGCUGAGAAAUCCAGGAACGAAGAAGAACAACAAAUGGCUGAACACAUUGUUUCCUUAGUCAUUGAAAACAUUGCUAGUCAAAUGGUGGAUGAAGCUGUUUCCUUGGCAAGAGUACGGGACCAAGUUGAAUGGAUUCAGGGAGAAUUAAGGAGAAUGUUAUGCUUUCUUAAGGAUGCAGAUGCAAAACAAGAUGGUGAUGAGCGAGUUAGAAACUGGGUGGCAGACAUACGAGAAGUUGCUUAUGAUGCAGCAGAUGUCAUCGAUAGCUACAUCCUCAAAAAGAUGCGGCAGAAAGAGAAAGCGCCAAUCAGGCUCUUCAACAGGUACCCUUUUUUCUUGAAUGAACUGGUUGCACGUUAUAAGCUUAACAAGCAAAUAAGCAGGAUCAAGCUGAAAAUUCAUGAUAUUAGCAAUGGUAGGUCAACUUAUGGAAUUGAAAAUAUUGGUAAAAGGGUAGAAGGGACUAGUUUUGCAGUCAACUCUCUUCGGGAAAGGAGACGAUCAUACCCUCACUCUUCUGAAGAGGAAACUGUUGGUACAGACGAGGACAUAAAGAUUCUAGAAGAUCAGCUAAUUAAUGGGGAAUUAAGGCUCUCCAUUAUUUCAAUCAUUGGCAUGGCUGGUCUAGGUAAGACCACUCUUGCUAAGAAAAUUUAUGGUAGUAGCAAUAUCAACAAGUAUUUUGAUUGUUGUGCUUGGAUUUAUGUCUCUCAAGAAUACAAAGCUGGAGACAUAUUGAGAGAUUUGUGUAGGAGGGUUAUGGGGCUUGGAAAGGCGGAAUUAGAAAGGAUGCACAGAGAGGAAAUGGAAGAAGAGUUGUCAAGUUUUCUGGAGCAAAGAAGAUUUAUUGUAGUUUUUGAUGAUAUAUGGAAUAAAGAAGCUUGGGAUGAUUUAAAACCAGUCUUUCCAGAUACCAAGAAUGGAAGUAGAAUAAUUUUCACUACUAGAUUCAGAGAUGUUGCUUUGCAUGCUGAUCCACGAAGCCGACCACAUGAACUGUGCCUUCUUAGUGAUGAAGAUAGCUGGAAAUUGUUGUCCAAGAAGAUAUGCCUGGAAUGGAAUGCCAUGACAAGUUUACCUGCUUGGACUGAGGAGCUAGGAAAACAAAUUGUGAAGAAAUGCAGGGGAUUACCUCUUGCAAUUGUAGUUCUAGGAGGUCAGUUGUCAAGAAGAGAAGCAACCUAUGAAAAAUGGCUCAAAGUUCUGCAAAGUGCACAUUGGCAGCUACUUCAAGAUCCAACAUAUUGCAUAGAUAUUUUAGCACUAAGUUAUCAUGAUUUACCUUACUACUUGAAACCUUGUUUUCUUUAUUUUGGUCUCUUCCCUGAAGAUUUUGAGAUUUCUGUUAGAAGUUUGAAUCUGUUAUGGGUGGCAGAAGGAUUUGUGCAGCCUAGAGGCCAAGAACCAUUGGAAGAUGUAGCUGAGGAUUACUUGGAAGAAUUAGUGGGGAGGAGCAUGGUUCAAAUUGCUGCAAAGAAAUUUAAUGGAAGGAUUAAAGCAAUUCGCAUACAUGAUCUUUUGAGAGAACUGGCCAUAAAGAAAGCUAAGGAAGAUCGAUUUUUUGAUAUCAUCCAUGGAGAUGUCAAGGAUUGCUUUCUAACAAGGCCUCGUAGGCUCUCUACAAGCUCUGGGAUCACUCCUAAAGCUAGAGAUAGUUCAAGAAUCCGUUCUUUGUUGGUUUUUGAUCAGAAUGAACCAAUAUUGAAGGACUUGAAAAAAUUUAAACUCUUGCGAGUUCUUGGUUUGGAAAGUGUUCACAUUGGUCUACUUGACUCUGAUGUUGGGAACCUCAUUCAUUUGAGAUACCUGGGCUUGGAAGGAACUUGGUUGAAGCGGCUUCCUUCAUCAAUAUGCAGGCUUUUGAACUUGCAAACACUGGAUUUAAGAUCAACACUGGUUGAUCCAAUUCCUGUUUCUAUUUGGAAGCUACCGGAAUUGAGACAUUUGUUCUUCAAUAAGAUCAGAGAGAUGGUAGUGAAGCCACCUAAGGAUGUUUGUCUAUUUAGUCUCCAAACAUUGCAGGGCCUCUGUAUUGGACAAACUAGUUCUGUCGAGCUAGGCUUGGACAAAUUGACCACCUUAAGACACUUGAGCUUAGUAGGCCAUUUUACUCUGCAAGAAGAAGCUUUUAGGAGAUGGAUUUUCAACUCCAAAGGGCUCCAAAGCUUGAAGCUAGAUGCAAGAACUAGAAGGGAGGACGUCACAAUGGUUACCAUUCCAGGAUUUAUGGACUUUUCAAGUCACAUCCGUCUCAACAAAUUAUAUUUGGGAGGGCUCAUGCACAAGUUGUUUGACGUCCAAGAUUUUCCACCAAACCUUACUGAACUAACAUUACAUGGUUCUUUCUUGAUGGAAGACCCCAUGGUAACGCUGGAGAAGCUACCAAGUUUGAGAGUUUUAAAAUUAAAGCACUCUGCAUAUGUGGGAAAGCGAAUGGUAUGCUCUAGUGGGGGGUUCCCUCAACUCCAAUUCUUGAAGUUGUCUUUCCUUUACUCAGUGGGGGCAUGGAGGAUAGAGGAAGGCGCAAUGGCCAAUCUCAAGGAGUUACACAUUGUUGAGUGUAAGCUAUUGAGGAUUGUUCCAAGAGGAUUAUGGCCAGUGACUACUCUCAGCAAUUUGAAACUAGGCUACCUGCCACAUGAUUUUGAGAUGAAGGCUCGGGAUCGCAAGGGAGAGAAUUGGUACAGAAUUGAACAUGUGCUUCCAGUGUAAGAAGACGGUUUCUCCAAAAAUGGCUACAGCUUCAGCUUUCCAAGGCUAUUCUCUUCUUAGUCACUAUCAUUAUCAUUGUUUUCCUUUUUCUUCUAAAUUUCUUUGAAAACAUUGUAAGAAUGAUGACAGUUGGUAUGUAUAGAGAACAUAAACCAACUAGAAAACACUCUUCAAAGACACAAAAUCCAUUCUAUUUUCAAAGAACAUUUCUCCUUUUGUGGCAAUAAACCAAUGAAGGUGAUUCA